UUGCUUCCCAUGAUGCAAAUGUUAAACAAGAUUUCUAUUUUCACUUUCACAUUCAUUGAUUCGAAGUCCUCAGCUGAACCAUAGCUGGAUUCUUUUUUUGAACAGGUCGAGGAUUUUAACUGAAAAGCGUAGUUCGUAAUCAGCUUCCAAGUAGUAGUAGACAUGAGUCGCUUUGCUCUGCUUGUGAAUCUAAUAACCCUUCCCAUCAUUCACAUAUGGGCUGCAGUCACUCAAGAGCCCACUACUUUCCCUGUAUCAAGCAAUGGAGAACCAUUCCCAUGGAACAAAAUGAGACUUCCAGACACAAUAUCUCCCCUUCAUUAUCAUCUCCUUAUCCACCCCAACCUCACAAGUUUAGACUUUACUGGAUUGGCGCAGAUCCAAAUUGAGGUGCAUCAAGACACCAAGUUUAUAAUAUUGCACAGCAAGGAUCUUCAGAUCUCCAAUGCAAGGUUGCUAGGUUCAAAUAUGAAUCAGCUGCAGCCCUUAAAGGUGCUAGAGUACCCAUACUUCCAGCAGAUUGCACUUAUAUCUGAUAAAGUGCUGCUAAAGAGAGGCCAUGUAUAUUCAAUUGAACUGGGGUUUGCUGCCAACCUCUCUGAGAGCUUUCAUGGAUUUUACAAAAGCACAUAUCGCACCACCAAGGGAGACGUCAGGGUUGUGGCUUCCACACAGUUUGAGCCGACUAGUGCACGAGCAGCCUUUCCCUGUUUUGAUGAACCUGCCUUCAAAGCAAACUUUUCCAUGCGGAUUCGCAGAGAAGCAAAGCAUAUUGCCCUCUCAAACAUGCCUAAGCUGAGAACAUUAGAGCUGCCAGGCGGCCUGUUUGAGGACCAGUUUGAUGUGAGUGUACAGAUGAGCACAUACCUGGUGGCCUUCAUCGUCUCUGACUUUCUCUCUAUCAGCAAGACCAGUCAGCAUGGAGUCCAGAUUUCGGUGUAUGCUGUGCCAGAGAAGAUCGACCAGGCAGAGUUUGCUCUGGAUGCUGCAGUGAAGCUGCUUGACUUCUAUGAUGACUACUUUGACAUUCCUUACCCUUUGCCCAAACAGGAUCUUGCUGCUAUCCCAGACUUCCAGUCUGGAGCAAUGGAGAAUUGGGGUCUGACCACCUACCGGGAAUCAGCCCUUCUUUUUGACCCCCACAAGUCUUCUGCUUCUGACAAACUGGGCAUCACAAUGAUCAUCGCUCACGAACUGGCCCAUCAGUGGUUCGGUAACCUGGUCACCAUGCAGUGGUGGAAUGAUCUGUGGCUGAACGAAGGUUUUGCCAAGUUCAUGGAGUUUGUGUCUGUUAACAUCACCAAUCCUGAACUGCAAGUUGAGGAUUAUUUCCUGGGGAAGUGUUUUGAGGCCAUGGAGGUGGACUCCUUAAGCUCCUCUCACCCUGUGUCCACGCCGGUGGAGAACCCUGCUCAGAUACAGGAAAUGUUUGAUGAUGUUUCCUAUGACAAGGGUGCUUGUAUUCUGAACAUGUUGAGAGAGUUUCUGUCCCCAGAGGCCUUUAAAUUGGGCAUUGUGAGAUACCUGAAACGCUACAGUUACCAGAACACAGUCAAUAGUAACUUGUGGGAAAGUCUGACCAAUGUUUGUGACUCUGAUGGUCUGGAUGAGGGCAGACUGAAGGGUGAUGGGUCUUGCCAGCGCUCAGUCUCAGACUCUGGAGCUUCUAAAUGGCACUCGGAGGAUGAGCUGGAUGUUAAGGCUAUGAUGGAAACAUGGACAUUGCAGGAGGGCUUUCCACUCAUUACAGUGGAGGUCAAAGGUCACGAAGUCAGACUAAGUCAAGAGCGUUACCUCAAGAGUGAUGACCUUUCACAAACAUCAAGCUUCCUGUGGCACGUUCCAUUGACUUACAUUACCAGUGACUCAACAACAGUGCACCGCUUCCUGCUGAAGACCAAAACAGAUGUGCUGUAUUUGCCGGAGGAGGUGGACUGGAUCAAGUUUAAUGUGGACAUGAGUGGAUAUUACAUCGUGCACUAUGAGGGCUCUGGCUGGGAUGACCUCAUCAGGCUGCUCAAACACAAUCACACAGCGCUCAGCAGCAACGACCGGGCCAGCCUCAUCAACAACGCUUUCCAACUGGUCAGUGUUGGUAAGCUUCCUCUGGAUAAGGCUUUAGACCUGACCCUGUAUCUAAGCAAAGAAACUGAGAUUAUGCCAGUGACACAGGGCUUCAGUGAGCUUGUGCCUCUGUACAAACUGAUGGAGAAAAGAGACAUGGUGGAGCUGGAAAACCAGAUGAAGGGCUACAUACUUCAGCUGUUCAGGAAGCUCAUAGACCAGCAGUCGUGGACUGAUGAUGGCUCUGUGUCUCAGAGGAUGCUGCGGAGCUACCUCCUCCUGUUCGGCUGCGUGCGGGGUCAUCCACCCUGUGUCAGCACCGCCACCCAGCUCUUCAACAAUUGGAGGGACUCAGAUGGGAAUAUGAGUCUUCCCAAUGACGUUACUAUGGCUGUGUUUUCUGUUGGUGCCCGGACUGAGGAUGGUUGGGAAUUUCUGUUUGAGAAGUACAAGGAGUCCAUGUACAUCUCGAUGAAGAGCAGGAUCAAGAUGGCCCUCACGACCAGCCCUCUUGAUCACAAGUUAAAAUGGAUGAUGGAGCAGAGUCUGGUGGGAGAGGUGAUGAAGACUCAGGAUCUGCCAUAUGUUGUAACAUCAGUCAGUAAAAAUCCUAAGGCCUACAAACAUGCAUGGGACUUUUUAAAAGCUAACUGGGACUCCCUGAUUAAGAAGUUUGAUCUUGGCUCACACUCCAUAGCGCACAUGGUAGUAGGAGUGACCAACCAGUAUUCCACCAGAGAAAUGCUAGCUGAGGUUCGUAGUUUCUUCAGUUCCCUGAGGGCUGAAACUGGAGCAGAACUGAGGUGUAUUCAGCAGGCCCUGGAGAACAUUGAAGAGAACAUUCGCUGGAUGGACAAGAACCUCCCACUGCUGAAGGCCUGGCUGCACAGACAAUAUGACCAGCACAAAAAUAUAGAGCUGUGAAGCAUAUGUACUUUAAAUGUGUCAAGUCAUACUGUUGGUGUAUACAUUUUUUUUUUAUUAUUAUGAUGUAAGAAUUUUGAUAAGAACUUUGGUGUGCUAAAGUGUGUGAUUCUGAAUUUUUGAAUAUAUAUAUUUUUGAAUAGCUGUACCAUUUCUUAUAAAGGUACAAUUUAAGAUUGUCCCCAAGCUGUAGUAUUGAAAUUAAAAGUGUAUGGAUUGGA